AUGCAGGUGUGUAAGAAUUCAGAGUGGUGGGAGAUUUUUUGGAUGUUAUGUUGGUCUAUAUGGUUGGGGAGAAAUGAAUGGAAUUUUAAUGGUCGAGAGUGGGAUGAUAGAAGACGGAUUGACAGGGCUGUGAGUGUUGGUGUUGAAUAUAAGCAUGCGGCGGAAGGAGGGCAAGCUCAUCUUCGAAAAGGGGGCAGUGUCAUUACAAAAUGGGAGGCUCCCGGGCAAGAUUUACUGAAGCUGAAUGUCGAUGCGGCAUUUAAAAAAGAAGCUAGAGUGGGAAUGGGAGCGGUGCUAAGGGAUUGUGUAGGGGACGUACUGAUGGCCAUGUGUGACUUGUGGAAGGGAGAGUGUGAAGUGCAUGUUGGGGAAGCAAUGGCAGUGAGGCAAGGGAUCAAAGUGGCUAUGGAGGCUGGCUUUCUCAGCUUUAUAAUUGAAACCGACAACACCACUGUUUAUCACGCAUUGAAAAACAAGAAGACUGAAGCUUCAGCCUUUGGAUUGAUUCUAAAGGAUAUAUAUUUACUGCUGAGUUCAUGUGUGAACAUAUCUUAUAGUUGGGUGAGGAGAGAGGGGAACAUGGUAGCCCACUCUUUAGCAAAGAAGAGUAUAAGUAUGGGUGAACUGGGUGUAUGGUUGGAAGAUAUCCCCGAUGAUGUUGGGGUUUUUGUAAAAGAUGAUCUCCCAGCUUAA